AUGGACCUUGAGACAUCACUGUCCAAAAUGGUUUGCUGUUCAAGGGUGAACGUAUUAUUGUACCCUCCCAGUUAAGAAAAGAAAUGAUGGAGAAGAUUCACUCGUCCCACCUGGGUAUCGAAGGAUGUCUCCGCCGAGCAAGAAAAGUGUUCUACUGGCCCAGGAUGAAUGCCGAAUUGAAAGAUUUUAUUCUCAAGUGUGAUGUCUGUAACUCUUUUAAGCCACAGCAGCCCCAAGAGCCUCUAAUGCCACAUGAAAUUCCUACGAGGCCCUGGCAAAAGGUUGGAACAGACCUGAUGCAAUUUGAUGGACGCCAGUACUUGAUAACCGUUGACUACUUUUCCUCGUUCUUUGAAGUGGACAAGCUAGAUACCACUGAUUCCAGAACUGUUGUUGAGAAACUGAAGAUGCAGUUUAGCCGUCAUGGGAUACCAGAGAUAGUGGUAUCUGACAACGGUCUUCAGUACAAUUCCUAUGAGUUCAAGAAGUUUGCAGAAGACUGGAAUUUUAAGCAUAUUAACUCUUCGCCCCGCAACCCACAAAGCAAUGGAAAGGUGGAGAGUGCAGUAAAAAUGUGUGAAAACAUCAUGAAGAAGGCAGCUCGGGGAAAGUUUGACCCGUAUCUGUCUCUCUUAGACUAUCGCAAUACACCUACGGAUGUUGGCUCCUCUCCGUCCCAAAGGCUUUUCAGCAGAAGAACGCGCAACCUGCUAUCGCUGACACCCAAACAGCUUGAACCUGUGGCAGUGCCACCGCAAGAUGUACAGCAAAGGCUAAUUGCCUCCAGACAAAAGCAGGCGUACUAUUACAACCUCAAAGGAAAAGCACUGCCUGAACUACAACCUGGUCAGAUUGUCAGGAUGAAGAAACCAAAUGAAAAGACC